AUGUCUGGACACGAAGCAUUCGAAAAAUUAAAUACACAUUGUCUCGAAACAAUUUGCGAAGAGCCACAUUUGAUCUUUAAGUCGGAUGAUUUUUUGUCUUUGGAUGAACCGAUGUUAAUCUGGCUUUUAAAACGUGAUGAUCUUGGACUGGAUGAAAUUGAAGUUUGGGAUUAUACUAUUCAAUGGGGUAUCGGGAAUACGGAAAAUUUGAGUUCGCAUGAUGUUUUGAUGUGGACGGUUGAUGAUUUCAUCGCGCUCGAGAAAACCCUGCAUCAAUGCAUUCCAUUGAUUCGCUAUUUUGAAAUUGCGGCGGAUGAUUAUGCAGAAAAAGUUAUUCCGUAUAAAAAAAUACUACCAAAAAAUUUAAAAAAGCAACUUUUGACGUUUCAUUUGACAGCUGGAAGCGAACCACCGUUGAGCGCGUUGCCACCAAGAGUUUUGUGUGCGACUGUUGCAAUUGAUUCGGUUAUCACUAAUCCAAGACACGCUGCUCUUAUUGCCUCUUGGAUUAAACGUAGAUUAGAAACUGAUAUUUCCGAAUAUAAAUUUAAUUUGAUUUUACGUGGAAGUCGAGAUGGCUUCAGUAAUUCAAUCUUUCGUCAGACAUGUGCGCAUUUAUCUAGCACCGUAGUUUUGAUAAAAAUUCGUGGAUCAGGAAAAAUUAUCGGUGGUUAUCAAGCGGGAAGAUGGUUCAAUGAUUAUCUAAAGAAAAACAUGGAUAAUUUAUUAGAUGACGACGACUCCAUUCUUGAAUUUCCAUCUCGUCGUCCUCGACAAUUAUCCAAUCCUGAAAUGGCGUCAAAUUUAAAUUUCUUAUUUUCUCUUGGAACCGGCAAAAAUUUGAGAUCCGUUCAACUCUCCUUCGCUGAGCAACGCAUAUACAAUAGCAGUCAACGAAAUAAUAAUACACAUUCCGGACCAUUCUUUUAUAAUGAUCUAUUUAUUAGCGACCAAGCGAAUUCGAAUAGACUUAGUUGGUAUCAAUGUCAAACGUAUCAACCGAAUCUUUUUAAUGGGCAAAUCGGACAACAUUUUUUCCAAGUUGAAGAAUAUGAGGUAUUUCAAGCGGUAGUCCUAAUGAAACUCGAAAGCUAUCCGGAGAAAUUUUAA